UUUGCUGUUCGUUUGGCGAAGUAUCAAGUCGUGUACCUGAACGUGGACUAGAUGGCUAAAGUGGCGUAAAGAAAACAUACAGGUCAACGUGUUUUUCACAUCCUUGCUCGUCGUCGAUUACUUUUAUCGUUUUUGUGCACGGUUUUAAUUUUGCCUCCGCGUUCAGUGAGUUGUGUCGUCGGUUGGCGACUUAGCAUUCAAAGCUAAUGUCAGCUAAUUAGCGAACGACAACUAGCACCAUUUUUGAUACUGUUACCCAACACGCAGCGUCAGCGAGUGUGUUGUAACAACUUUUUUUGUUUGUUUUUAACCUCGAGUCGUUAAACCUGCCGAGGGAAUAAUGGGCUCGUCCAAAAAACACAAGGAAAAGAGCCGCGACAAGGACACAGAAGAGCGCCGCCGCGAGCAUAAGAAACAUCGCCACAAGGACCGAGAAAGAGAUGGCUCGGACCGGGAUAAAGAGAAACGAAAACGCUCCAGGUCCAGGGACAGGAGUGGACGGGAAAGCCGCACCAAAGGUGAAAGGAGCAGCGGAGAGCCACGAGUGAAAAAGGAGAAAGUUGAUCUGGGAUAUGAAGAAGGCAGUGCAGAAGUGGGGCCUCAGUCUGCCAGCGGAGAUGCGUCUCUCAGCAUCGAUGAGACAAACAAGCUCAGGGCCAAGCUCGGUCUGAAGCCUCUGGCACUAAGCGACAACAAAAAGGAGCUGGGCACCAAAGAGGAACCGAUGGUGGCUGAGACGAUCAACCCUGUUCUCAUCAAACAGCAAAAAGAGAUUCGAGAGAAGCUUGCGGCUCUCAAAGAAAAACGCAUCCAGAACCAAAAAUUGGGAAAAGUCAAGACCCUGGCAGAGGAUGACUGGCUGGAUGACACAUGUGCUUGGGUUGAGAGAAGCAGAAUGCUGGCAAAAGAAAAAGAGCUGGCGGAGAAAAGAGCCAAACUUCUGGAAGAGAUGGAUCAGGAGUUUGGGGUCAGCAGUCUGGUAGAAGAGGAGUUUGCGCAAAGCAGAAAUGACGCCUACACAUCUCGAGAUCUGAAGGGACUCAAAGUGCAGCACAAGGUGGAUUCCUUCAAUGAGGGCCAGACUGUCAUCCUGACUCUGCAAGAUAAAUGUGUCCUUGAAGAGGAGGAAGAUGUGCUUGUUAAUGUGGGAAUGGUGGACAAGGAGAAGGCAGAGAAGAAUGUGGAGUUGAAAAAGAAAAAGCCAGAUUACAAGCCCUACGAAGAAGAGGAGAGCGUGGAUGACAUGGUAACGUUCAAGGCCCACUCUGUUCUGUCCAAGUAUGAUGAGGAAAUUGACGGCGAAAAGAAGAAGAGUUUCAGGUUGAAUACGGGGGGCUUCGCUGAUGGGGAGCGAGAGCGGGAGCUUCAGGCCAUGAGAGAGGCUCUGCGAAACCAGGCCCAGUCUUUGGAAAUGCCCGCUCUCAGUAUCGCCUCAGAGUAUUAUACGCCUCAGGAAAUGGUUGGCUUUAAGAAGACAAAACGCCGUGUGAAGAAAAUCAGGAAGAGGGAGAAGUUGACCGUUGCAGAUGAACUUGCACUCGAUGACACUCGCAGCUCUGAUUUUGGCUCCAGAUCACGCGGUAGAGGCCGCAAACAACUGGAGGAAGAGGCCAAGGAGAUAAAAGAGGAGGAGGAGGACAACGAUGAGGGGAAGGAGGAGAAAAGAUUGCCAAACGACAUCCCCCAGAUGUCUGAUGACAUCAGGAUGGCAGAAAUGGACAUAAGUGACGAGGAAGAUUUUACACUUCCUGAACCAGCUGUAAUUGAGGAGGAUGAGGCAGAGCAGGAGCUGCAGAAACAACUGGCAAAGCAGAGGAAGCUGAAGCAAAAGCAGCUUCUCAAAGACUCUGGGGAAAAGGUGGCAGAGCAGAUAAAAGAGCUCACUAAAGGUGACAACGACAAUGAUCCAGAGAAGAGGAACAACAUUGUUUUCAACGCCACUUCGGAGUUUUGCCGAACUCUGGGUGACAUUCCAACUUAUGGACUGUCAGGCAACAGAGAGGACCAAGAAGACAUUAUGGACUUUGAACAGGAAGAGGAGAAAGAUGACGCCGGAGGUUCAGACUCAGAUAUGGAUGAGAAUGUUGGAUGGAGCACCGUUAACCUGGAUGAAGAGCAGAAACAACCAGAUUUCUCCACAGCCUCUGCCACCAUUUUGGAUGAGGAGCCCAUUGUCAACUCUGGCCUUGCUGCUGCCCUGCUGCUGUGCAAAAACAAAGGUCUGUUGGACACUCAAAUGCAGAAAGUAGCCCGUGUCAGAGCACCGAAAGGCGCCUUGCCUAACGACAACUACUGCAUUGAGGACAAGAUGGGUUUCGAUGACAAGUACAGUCGCCGUGAAGAAUACAGAGGCUUCACUCAAGACUUCAAGGAGAAGGAUGCCUACAAGCCUGACGUCAAGAUUGAAUAUGUUGAUGAAUCUGGGCGCAAACUCACUCCAAAAGAAGCCUUCAGGCAGCUUUCUCAUCGAUUCCAUGGGAAAGGGUCUGGAAAGAUGAAGACCGAGAGGAGGAUGAAAAAGUUGGAGGAGGAGGCACUGCUGAAGAAGAUGAGCAGCAGUGACACUCCUCUGGGCACGGUGGCUUUGCUUCAAGAGAAACAGAAAUCCCAGAAAACACCAUAUAUUGUGCUUAGUGGGAGUGGAAAAAGUAUGAAUGCAAACACCAUCACCAAAUAAUUUUUUGGGGGGGUAGUUGAUUAUCUUAAACUUACACAUGCAUUCACACAUACACAGAUAUACAUACACAUACACAUGAUCCUGAAAGAAACUGACCCAAUUUCAUGCUUACUUCAUAAAAGCUUUGUUGUUGUAGUUAAGAAUUGUCCAAUAAAAUGAUUAUCAGUCAGA